AUGCAGGAAAGAAAGGCUGCCAAAUGGGAAGAUAUGCGAUUAGAAGCUGAAGCUGAAGCAGCAAAUGCGCCUAAUUUUAGAGCGAUCGAGCAAACUGCGAUGGACCAAGUUAUUUCAAAAAUGGGUUUGACCAUCAAACAAAUUGCGCCAGAUGGACACUGUCUGUAUAAUGCAAUUGCAGACCAACUUCUUUUGGUAGAUUCACAGUCAUCAUGGAACUAUCGGAAUCUAAGAGAAUUGGCAUCCACUUACAUGUUGAAUCAUCGUGAUGAGUUUAUCAAUUUUCUAGCCACAGAUGACGGAAACGUGUAUACAAAUGAAGAGUUUGAUGAAUACUGUCGUAAAAUAUGUGAUGAAGCAGUAUGGGGCGGACAACUGGAGAUUCAAGCGCUUUCGCAAGCUCUGCAGCAUCCAAUCCAUAUUGUACAAAGUGGAUCACCAACUCUAGAAAUUGGUGAAAAAACAAAGAAUACUAAACCAUUGAUCGUGUCGUAUCAUCGCAAGGCUUAUGGACUUGGAGCACAUUACAAUUCUUUGGUGGAAAUAUAA